AUGAUCACCACAGCCCGCCAACUUCAAUUUGUCCGCGUCGACAUCCAGUGGGUUGUUCAACCCGGCAAAGAGCGGGGUUCGCAGGACACGCGAUUCAACGCUGGUCUGGUAGCUAAGUCGUGCGCCAUAACGAGCUGGGCGGACGAUACCCCGGAGCAAGUUUCGACGCCCGAGGUGACGAAUCUGCUGGUCCUCCCCUCCGUAACGGACAAGGCUGGCAAGGAGACGGUGCCGCCCAUGGUCGUCACGACCCGCGCACGCACCACCAGCCCCGGCACCUUCCCAGCGGCCCAGACCAUCAUCAACAGGUGGGAAGCCCGUGAGCAGAACCACAAGCUGCAGUCGGCCGUCAGGCAGCUGGGCAACCGCAGGAACAGCACCGCAUCAGAGCCGGCCUCGUCGAUGAGCCUCAACCCGCUCGAACCUAUCCUCAUCGACAAAUGCGUCAUCGGCCUCCAGUCUGCGCAGUUUGGUAAGGCUGUCAUCCUGACCUUUUCGGACGGGAGCGUCCAGCACCGCGACCGCUCCACCUUUGAGGAGAUAUACACCGAGCGUGAAUAUGCAUCGGUCAUGAACCUGCAGCAGGUCGGAUUCACCUUUCCCGACGACUGGCAAUGUCAGCAGAUUGCCCUUUCGCCGACUGGGUGUUCCAUGAUCCAGCUGGGGGACAGCGGGAAGAUGAGGUGGAGCAGGAUACGUCUCCCGGAUGGGGAUAUCGGGAAUGGCAUGCGCGAUGAGAGAUACGCGGCUACGAUUGCCGGCCUCACGGUCACGGCGGCAACAUCCAUAAAGUACCAGACCAACUUUGACGACAUCCUCGCCAUUGUCCGGCCGCUUGCGGAGAAACCGAGAUUCGUGCAAGACUGGGUCAGCGAGGUUAUCCGGAUCCUCGCGGUUCAGGUCGACUACGUCGUGGAGCCUUCCCACGACGCGCUUCUCAAGAACACGCAGCUGCCGUCAUGCAUGGCGAUACUCGUGAGCCUGGGAUUCCGAGGCGACACGAGGCCGCGGACCUUUCAGAGCGCUUUUGCGUCGAUGACGGCGGCGAUCCGGAGCGCGGCGUUCAACGCGACGGUCGUGGCGACGGCACAGUUCAACGUCGGUGGGCGGCGGAGUCCGAUGGACGACCACGAGGUUGUCGAGAUGCUAGGGUCCCUGAUCAGGUGGUCGCUCGACCUGGUGGCAUGGAUCACGGACUCGCUGUUCGAGCUGAUGAAUGACGAGGAAUUCUCGCGGCUGCUCACGCCGGAGCGGGCGGCGGAGCUGGGGCCGUACCUCGAGAAGCGCAACGACGUGGCGCUCCACCUGCUCAUCUGCUCGAGCAGCCGGUGCUUCCUGAGCGCGCUGUGCCGGCGGCUGAUGCACAUAGAGACCAUCGCCGCCAAGGCGGUGACGUUCUACCGGAAGCAGUCCGCGCUGGCGACGGCGAACACGGGGACGCCCAACCCGCGCAUGCAGCGGGCCUUCCAGAACCUGCAGCAGGUGAGCAGCUCGGCGCUGGUGCGGGCGGGCGAGUUCGAGAAGCUCGUCAGCACGCUGGGGUCCGGGGUCAACCACGCAUACGGGACCUUCCUCCCCAAGAUGGCCAGGGGGGCUAGGGGAGCGGGGGCGGGGGCGGGAGCGACGCCCCAGCCGCAGAGCAAAGAGGAGGAGGAGACGGUCAAGAUGAUACGCGCGCAGAUGGAGACGCAGACUCUGGUGGCGACGUCGCCGCCGCUGGGGCUGUUCCCGGUGCUGCGCAAGUUCUUCGGGUACGACCUGGUCAUGUUCCGCAAGGCCACGGACCCGGCCAGGCUCUUCUUCCAGCCCCUCUCCGUCAUGACGGUGCAGGACGACGGGUCCGUCGUCGACGGCAUGCGCACGGCCCAACUCGACACCUUCACCAAGAACAAGCUCAAGAUGGGACCGGGGAAGCAGUGGAGGAGGUGCACGAGGUGCACGUGGGUCAUGGAGGAGAUGCCCGGCAAGGGCCCCGGGUUGACAUUCAUGAUGGCCCAGCAGAGGAGGUGUCCUUGCAACGGGACGUUGGCAGUCUUGCCACCUGGGAAGUUGGAUUUUACAGCGUGA